GAGAAGCGUGCCGUCUUCAGCAUGCGCCCUGUGAUUGCGCCGCAGAAGGUGGCGGUGCUGCCGCUGCUUGUGAAGCCGGAGUUGUUGCGGGUGGUGGAGGAGAUCCGUGGCGACAUGGUGCUGCGGGGCAUCUCGACCCGCACCGACGACAGCGGCGCCUCGAUUGGGAAGAAGUACGCCCGUGUGGACGAGCUCGGCAUUCCGUUCUGCGUCACGUGCGACUUUGAGACGGACGGAUGCGUCACGCUGCGUGAGCGCGACAGCGCCCGGCAGGUGCGCAUCCCAAGGGAGACGGUCGCCGACGUGGUGGCGGAGUUGAGCCGCCCGCUACAACCACGCGAGUGGAGUAGCGUCGAGACGGAGUUCCCUGCACAGUCAAUAGCAGCGUGA